AACUCGCUCACCCCCAACUCCUAUUCGGCCUCCCCCAGGAAGGAGAGAGAAGGCUGGAAGCAGGAGGAGCUAGCCCGGGGCAGCCUCCCUCCUCCCUCUCCACCCCAAAGGCAGGAAUUUCUGGGACGGGCAGAUGGUCCACCCCCUCUUCCUCCUCCUGCUCCAAGCCGCAAAGGGAGAACCUCCGCGACUUUUCCGUCUUCCAACCAGAGUGUCCCCCCCACCGUGGCGACAGGGGUGACUGACGAAGUGGGUCUCGGGGACGCAGGGGUGGCGAGGCCGCCGGGGAAGGGUGGAGCGCGGAGGAGGCUGCGGUCCUGCCCUCCCCCACCCCACCCACCGCAGGGCUGGGCGCUGGGGCUGCGGCGCUGGCCCCCCGCGGGCGCUACCCCCGGAGACCGGCGGGCCGAGUGGUUAGCCAUGCCGCUGCUGUCGCUGUCGCUGCCUCUGCUGCUGCUGCAGGUACCGGCGGGCUCCGCCGAGACCGCGGCGGGGGCAGCCGCCCCCGAGCGGCUCCGCGAGUGGCAAGAUAAAGGAAUCUUCAUUAUCCAAAGUGAGAACCUUGAGAAAUGUAUUCAAGCCAGCAAGUCUACACUGACCCUGGAGAACUGCAAACCACCCAACAAGUACAUGCUGUGGAAGUGGGUUUCAAACCACCGCCUAUUUAACAUCGGAGGCAGUGGCUGCCUGGGCCUGAAUGUGUCUAGUCCAGAGCAGCCACUGAGCAUAUAUGAGUGUGAUUCCACCUACAUUUCCUUGAAGUGGCACUGUAACAAGAAGACGAUCACAGGCCCACUCCAGUACAUGGUCCAGGUGAAGCAGGACAACACACUUGUGGCCUCAAGGAAAUAUCUCCAUAAGUGGGUUUCCUAUAUGUCCGGUGGUGGAAGCAUUUGUGACUAUCUGCACAAAGAUUUGUACACAAUCAAAGGGAAUGCCCACGGGACUCCAUGCAUGUUUCCCUUCCAGUACAAUCAGCAGUGGCAUCACGAAUGUACCCGGGAAGGGCGGGAAGACAACUUACUGUGGUGUGCCACGACCAGCCGAUACGAAAGAGACGAGAAGUGGGGAUUUUGCCCAGAUCCUACAUCCACAGAGGUGGGCUGUGAUGCAGUCUGGGAGAAGGAUCUCCAUUCACGCAUUUGCUACCAAUUCAACAUGCUUUCCUCCCUCUCCUGGAGUGAGGCUCAUUCUUCAUGCCAGAUGCAAGGAGGUGCUUUAUUAAGUAUUGCAGAUGAGACUGAAGAAAAUUUCGUAAGGAAGCACUUGGGCAGUGAAGCAGUGGAAGUAUGGAUGGGUCUGAAUCAGCUGGAUGAAGAUGCUGGCUGGCAGUGGUCUGAUAGAACACCACUCAACUAUCUGAACUGGAACCCAGAAAUAAAUUUUGAGCCAUUUGUUGAAUAUCACUGUGGAACAUUUAAUGCAUUUAUGCCAAAGGCCUGGAAAAGUCGGGAUUGUGAGUCUACCUUGCCCUACGUGUGUAAAAAAUAUCUAAAUCCCACUGAUCAUGGACUAGUUGAAAAUGAUGCUUGGAAAUAUUAUGCUACACACUGUGAGCCUGGCUGGAAUCCCCACAAUCGUAAUUGCUAUAAGCUUGAGAAAGAAAAAAAGACCUGGAAUGAGGCUUUGCAGUCUUGCCAGUCCAACAACAGUGCAUUAAUAGACAUAACUUCGUUAGCAGAAGUGGAGUUUCUUGUAACCCUCCUUGGAGAUGAAAAUGCAUCAGAAACAUGGAUUGGUUUGAGCAGCCAUAAAAUUCCAGUUUCCUUUGAAUGGUCUAAUGGCUCCUCGGUCACCUUCACUAAUUGGCACACACUUGAGCCCCACAUUUUUCCAAAUAGAAGCCAGUUGUGUGUCUCAGCAGAGCAAUCUGAGGGACACUGGAAAGUCAAAAAUUGCGAAGAAACACUUUUUUACCUUUGUAAGAAAGCAGGCCUUGUCCUUUCUGACACUGAAUCAGGCUGUCAAAAGGCAUGGGAGAGACAUGGUAAAUUCUGUUACAAAAUCGACACCGUCCUUCGAAGCUUUGACCAUGCCUCCAGUGGUUACUACUGUCCUCCUGCGCUUAUAACCAUUACAAGCAGGUUUGAACAGGCUUUUAUUACCAGUUUGAUCAGUAGUGUGGUAAAAACGAAGGACACUUAUUUUUGGAUCGCUCUUCAAGAUCAAAAUAAUACAGGAGAAUACACUUGGAAGACGGCAGGGCAGAAAUUGGAGCCGGUGAAGUACACACACUGGAACACACAUCAACCCCGCUACAGUGGUGGCUGUGUUGUCAUGCGAGGGAGGAGCCACCCUGGUCGCUGGGAAGUGAAGGACUGUAGACACUUUAAGGCGAUGUCCCUGUGCAAGCAACCAGUGGAAAAUCGGGAGAAAACCAAGCAAGAAGAAGGAUGGCCCUUUCACCCCUGCUAUUUGGAUUGGGAGUCAGAGCCUGGCCUGGCCAGUUGCUUCAAGGUAUUUCAUAGUGAAAAAGUCCUGAUGAGAAGAACAUGGAGAGAAGCUGAAGAAUUUUGUGAAGAAUUUGGAGCUCAUCUUGCAAGCUUUGCCCAUAUUGAGGAAGAGAAUUUUGUGAAUGAGCUUUUAUAUUCAAAAUUCAAUCGGACAGAAGAAAGGCAGUUCUGGAUUGGAUUUAAUAAAAGAAACCCACUGAAUGCUGGUUCUUGGGAAUGGUCUGAUGGAACUCCUGUUGUCUCUUCAUUUUUAGACAAUUCUUAUUUUGGAGAAGAUGCAAGAAAUUGUGCUGUUUAUAAGGCAAAUAAAACAUUGCUACCCUCAUACUGUGGUUCCAAACGUGAAUGGAUAUGCAAAAUUCCAAGAGAUGUGAGACCCAAGGUUCCGCCCUGGUAUCAGUAUGAUGCACCCUGGCUCUUUUAUCAGGAUGCAGAGUACCUUUUUCAUAUUUCUGCCUCAGAAUGGUCCUCCUUUGAGUUUGUCUGUGGCUGGCUGCGCAGUGAUAUUCUCACUAUUCAUUCUGCACAUGAACAAGAAUUCAUCCACAGCAAAAUAAGAGCGCUAUCAAAGUAUGGUGUAAAUUGGUGGAUUGGACUUCGAGAAGAAAGAGCCAAUGAUGAAUUUCGUUGGAGAGAUGGAUCACCAGUAACAUAUCAGAACUGGGACAGAGGAAAAGAAAGACCUAUGGGCCGUAAUGAGAGCCAGAGGUGUGGCUUCAUUUCAUCCAUAACAGGUCUCUGGGCUAGUGAAGAGUGUUCAAUUUCUAUGCCUAGCAUCUGUAAGCGAAAAAAGGUUUGGGUCAUAGAAAAAAAGAAAGAUAUUCCAAAACAACAUGGAACAUGUCCCAAAGGAUGGUUAUAUUUUGACUAUAAGUGCCUUUUGCUGAAAAUCCCUGAAGGCCCAAGUGACUGGAAGAACUGGACAUCUGCUCAAGAGUUUUGUGUUGAAGAAGGGGGGACACUGGUCGCCAUUGAAAAUGAGGUGGAACAAGCUUUCAUUACCAUGAACCUUUUUGGCCAUACCACUAAUGUGUGGAUAGGGUUACAAAAUGAUGAUUAUGAAAAAUGGCUAAAUGGAAGGCCUGUGUCAUAUUCUAAUUGGUCUCCAUUUGAUACAGUAAAUAUUCCAAAUCACAACACCACUGAAGUUCAAAAACGCAUUCCUCUCUGUGGCUUGCUGUCAAAUAAUCCUAAUUUUCAUUUCACUGGAAAAUGGUAUUUUGAAGACUGUAGAGAAGGUUAUGGGUUUGUUUGUGAAAAAAUGCAGGAUGCUUCUGGACACAGUAUAAAUACAUCUGAUAUGUAUCCAAUCCCUAAUACCUUAGAAUAUGGAAACAGAACUUACAAAAUAAUUAAUGCAAAUAUGACUUGGUAUACAGCACUAAAAACCUGCCUGAUGCAUGGAGCAGAACUGGCCAGCAUUACAGACCAGUACCACCAGUCUUUCCUCACUGUUAUCCUUAACCGAGUAGGAUAUGCCCACUGGAUUGGACUGUUCACUGAAGAUAACGGUCUUAGUUUUGACUGGUCAGAUGGCACCAAAUCCUCCUUCACUUUUUGGAAAGACGAUGAAUCAUCCUUCCUUGGUGACUGUGUUUUUGCUGACACCAGAGGACGCUGGAGUAGCACAGCCUGUGAGUCAUAUCUGCAAGGAGCCAUUUGUCAAGUGCCCACUGAAACAAGACUGUCUGGACACCUAGAGUUGUGCUCAGAAACAUCAAUUCCCUGGAUAAAAUUCAAAAGUAAUUGCUACAGUUUUUCUACAGUCCUAGACAGCACAAGUUUUGAGGCUGCUCAUGAAUUUUGCAAAAAGAAAGGCUCUAAUCUUUUAACAAUCAAAGAUGAAGCUGAAAACUCUUUUCUCCUAGAAGAGCUUUCAGCUUUCCGUUCUUCAGUCCAAAUGAUUUGGCUGAAUGCUCGGUUUGAUGGUGACAAUGAAACCAUAAAGUGGUUUGAUGGAACUCCCACAGAUCUAUCAAACUGGGGUAUUCGGAAGCCAGAGGUGGGCCACUUCAAACCCCAUCUGUGUGUUGCCCUGAGGAUUCCUGAAGGAGUGUGGCAAUUAUCCUCAUGUCAAGACAAAAAAGGAUUUAUAUGUAAAAUGGAAGCAGGACCAAGUCACAGCAUUAUACCUCUUACAGUAGCACUGACACUGAUGGUAAUUCUGGCAAUUUCCACACUUUCCUUCUGCAUAUACAAGCACAGUAACGUUAUCUUCAGGAGACUUGCUCAGUUUAGAAAUCCUUACUAUCCUUCAGCCAACUUUAGUACAGUACAUUUGGAAGAAAAUAUUCUCAUUUCUGAUCUUGAGAAGAAUGACCAAUAAUAAUGAAGUGAGAGAACAUCACGGCGGUGAGGAUGAGCAAAGAAGAGUAUUUUUCUUUACAGACCAGAUGCCACUAUAAUGUGAAUCAUGUCACCAUCUUAGUUAUUCUGAAAAUGACUACUGGUUUUGAAUUGUAACCAAAUCAGAUAGGUGUUCAUUUAUUUAUUUCCUCAAACUGUGAUCUAUUCUUAAAAGGGGGAAAUUUUACAGUGCUUAUUAUUCAGAAAACAAGAACUAAUAAAAGAAACUCCCAAAUGAGACCCCUCAAA